GUUGAGAUAUGAGAUAAAGACUGAACUUACAAACACUAAUUCAAGGUCAGUGAGUAAUUGCAUACGAAGAGAAUCAUACAAACGUGGAAUCAAUUUUAGAUUAUGCAAUAAAACCUGUUUAGUCAUUUUAGUCACAAUUGUCAAGAAUGGCAGCGAAUAAAGUUACUCUCAAUAAUGGAUUAGAAUGCCCAGUUUUGGGCCUUGGUACUUGGCAAUCUAAAGAUAAUCCAGGAGUAGUUGAGCAAGCUAUUCGAGAUGCAAUUGAUUCGGGUUAUCGGCACUUUGAUUGCGCUUUCAUUUAUGGCAACGAGAAAGAAAUUGGAAAAGCAAUUCGUGAAAAAAUUGCCGAAGGCGUUAUAAAACGAGAGGAUUUAUUUAUUGUCACUAAACUUUGGAAUAAUUCUCAUAGACAAGAAAAAAUUGUUCCUGCAUGUAAACAAUCGUUAAAAAAUUUUGGACUCGAUUAUAUUGAUUUAUAUUUAAUUCAUUGGCCUACUGGAUAUAAAGAUUUGGGUAAAGAUUUAUUUGGAUUUGUUGAUGAAAAAGGAAAUUCAUUAGAGGACAAUGUGGAUUUUAUUGAAACAUGGAAAGGAAUGGAACAAUGUUUUAAACUUGGCCUGACAAAAAGUAUUGGCUUAAGUAAUUUUAAUUCUCAACAAAUUGAUAGAAUAUUAUCAAUUGCCAAAAUUAAACCAGUGAUAAAUCAAAUUGAAUGUCAUCCAAAUUUGAAUCAGAAAAAAUUGAUAAAUUUUUGUAAAGAAAGAGAUAUUGCAAUUACAGCUUAUAGUCCAUUGGGAUCUCCAAAAAGAUUAUGGGCAAAACCUGAUGAUUCACAAGUUGCAAUUGAUCAUCCAAUAAUUGCUAAAAUUGGAGAAAAAUAUAAAAAAAGUCCCGCUCAAGUGGUUUUGAGAUAUUUGAUUGAAAUUGGAACAAUUCCAGUUCCAAAAUCCAGUUCAAAAAUGAGAAUUGAGGAAAAUAUUAAAGUCUUUGAUUUUAAAUUAACGAGUGAGGAGAUUAAAGAAAUUGAUAAAUUAGAUUCAGGAUUGCGUGUAUGUCCAGCAUUAGAAAUGAAAAAUCACAAGGAUUAUCCGUUUAACAUUGAAUUCUAGCAAAUUUUACAGGUUUUAGAAAUUGAAUUAUCUUAUCAUCAAUUAUAUAAUAUGUAGUGAUAUAAUAAUUUAAAAAUAAUAGAUAAUAAAGUACAAGAUAUUUCUCUUUUA